AUGCCAAGCAAACUAAGGAAUGCAAUUGGGGCAGUGAAGGACCAAACAAGCAUUAGUCUUGCCAAGGUAACCAAUGCAGCCAAUCUUGAAGUCACCAUCCUUAAAGCCACAAACCAUGACAAAAAUCCAAUUGAAGAGCGUCAUGUGAAUGAAAUUUUGAACAUAGUCUCCUCUAACAAAGUAUAUGCAGCUGCUUGUGCUCAUUACAUAGGAAAACGCAUUGGUAAGACCCGCAAUUGGGUUGUUGCUCUCAAAUGUCUCAUGAUUGUCCUUAGAAUAUUUCAAGAUGGUGAUCCAUAUUUUCCUAGGGAAGUAUUCCAUGCAAUGAAAAGAGGUGCAAAAAUUCUCAACCUUUCAAAUUUCAAGGAUAACUCUAAUUCUAGCUCUUGGGAUUAUACUGCAUUCAUUAGAACAUUUGCUUUAUACCUCGAUGAACGCUUAGAUUGCUUCCUAACGGGAAAGCUCCAACGCCGGUUCACAUAUCACAACCAAUUUCAUGAGAGGAACCAAAAGAACAAGUUAUCCAAUGAGCCAGGUAUCAAAGACAUGAAACCUACAAUGGUGCUUGACAGAAUUUCACAUUGGCAAAGGUUGUUGGAUAGAGCUAUUGGAUCAAGGCCUACAGGAUUAGCUAGGACCAACCGUUUGGUUCAAAUUUCUCUUUAUGCUAUUGUGCGAGAAAGCUUUGAUCUGUAUAGGGAUAUCUCCGAUGGGCUUGCUGUUGUCUUAGAUAGCUUCUUCAAUUUGCCAUUUUUAGCAAGCGCUGCAACAUUCAAUGCUUGUGUUAAAUCCUACAAGCAAUUUGAUGAAUUAUCUACUUUUUAUUCGUUUUGUGCAAGCAUUGGGGUUGGGAGAUCGUAUGACUACCCAAGAGUGGCAAAAGUUUCUGAGGAGCUUAUGGAAACAUUACAAGACUUCUUAAAUGACCAAGCUUCUUUCCCGACAAAUAAUAGCUCAAAACACUUCCUUUUUCCUCCCCCAAAGGACCAUACAGGUCCAAGUUCAUCACAAGACGAAGCUAGUGAAAGAUAUGGGACACUUGAAAGGUUUUUUGAAAUAGGGUCUGAAUCAGGGUCACAAUGUACAUCAUUGGAAGAUCUCAUGAGUGCUACUGAUGCUGCUAUGAGUCCUAGGAGAUCGCUUGAGCAAGACAUGUAUUCAGAGCAAUCAGACCAAGAUGAGAAAGAAUCGCUAUAUGAUGAUUAUGCUAUUGCAAAUGGUCCUGAUUCUACAAAAUCAUUUUCAAUUGAUCAAACAUCGAGGUCAAGCUUGGAUGUGGUAAGUUUUAAUGAAUUGCAGUUGGAAGUGCAACAAAAUGAAAAAAAAUUGUGGGAGCAGCAAAAUAUAAAUGCAAGUUCCCAUAAUAGCUCCAAAGAUUGUUGGGAGUUAGUUUUGGCAAAGACAGUAACUGCACCCAUUGAAACAUCACCCAAAUUGGCAAAUGGAUUUCAUCCAUCUGUCACCUUAUUUGAUCAAGCUUCAGUUCCUCAAGACAAGUACAACCCAUUCCUUGAUGACACAACAAUUGUUGCUCCCCCUGUAACCACUAGUGAUAAUUUUAUUGAUGUUUUUGAUUUUGAUGUGGCACCAACAUUUAAGGCAACAACACAAACCUUUUAUGCUCAGGAUCUUGUUGUAACAACCUUCUCAGAUCAAAGUUCCAAUUCCAUAGCAAAUCCAGAUGUAAUUUUUGGUGACAUGUAUCCAAAUGAGACAACAAAUGAGGCAACUUUCAGAGCUCAAGGUUCUUCUGCAAAGAACAAUAUGAUAGUGCCAUUAAAUUCUAAUACUAAAACUUCAGAUAACAUGAUUACAACACCAAGUUUCCAGUCGCAAUGUUCUUUUAAGAAUGCUUCACUUCCAACAUUCCAAAUGCACAAGUCAAAUCUUGAUGCCAUAAUGGAAGCACCAACUCUUAUUUCUCCUCAGAAUCCUAAUUUGAGUAUUCUUCCCAUACAUUUCCAAGCACACAAUUUGUAUGCUUCAACAAUACCACCAACAUUUAGUGCAAAGGAUUGUAAUGAGACAACAUUGGCAGCUUCCAUAGAGGAUGAUCCUUUUGGACCAUGGCCUAGUACAAAUACCAACGAACAAACUUUAAAUAAUGUAUCAAUGCAAGAGGAUACUUUGUCGCGACAACAACAACUAUGGUUAGAGCAACAACAAAAGAUCAUAUCAAAGCAUUUGACUUGA